AUGGCCGCCGCUUCCGUUCUCAUCCCCCUUUCAGUCAUCAACCAGAAUGGAGGCGUGCUGCCGCCGAGCGCCCUCUCGCAGCAGUCUCCGCGCCACGGCCGGAGCAGGGGCCUGAGCCAAUAUGGAAAGAGCGCUGGCGGCCGAGGUUACAAGGUCGUCGAGGAUUCUGACGCCACCGUCGCCAAGGCCGUAACCUUCGUGCUGAAGCGGAGCGUCACCGAGAGCGAGCUCGACUCCGAUGUCGAGGAGGGCGCCUACCUUAUCUGCGACGCAGACGGUUGGGUAUCGGCUGCUCAUUUGCUGGCACAACCCAGGAUGACCGAUCUUGGAAUCGGCCUCGUCGACUUGCGCCGGGCCGCUGAGUCGUCCAAGGCGCGUUUCACCCUGCGCCAGGCACCACGUGCCGACGCCAGCAAGGCCGAGUCGUACCAAGUGCGCCCGGACGACUCAAAGCGGGUGUCCCUCGUCCUCGAGGGCGAACCCCUGACAGCCGAGUCGGAGAACCUGCCCGAGUAUGUCAUCUACGAAACCUCGUACCAGAACUACCCGCUCGUCAUCGCUUCCGGAGGCAUCAAGCGUGCCGAUGGCGCAUCACAUAUCUCCUUCCUGCCGGCCAAGUCUGCCACGACGCCGACCCGUGCCAGCAAAGCCGACGUCAGCAUCUGGGUGCAUCUACGGACGGCCUUGGAACAAGCACCCGAGUUGAGUUGGCAGUACGCCACCUCUGGAAGGGUCGUGGCUACGGGCGAUGAAGUUCCCAAGAGCCUGUGGACGAAGGCUGUGGCCAGGCGCCCGGACAUUGGUCUGUUGUUCGAGGAUGGUGUGGUGCACAAGGAAAUCCCCGAGGGUCUUCGGGGCAAGGGGAACAAGGGGAGGGCCAAGAAAGGGAAGGGACUGCUGAAGCAGGAGGGUCGCGUUGACAGCGAGUCUGACAGCGUCGAGGAUGACAUGUGA